ACUGUUUUGUUUUUAAGUGUUACCACCCAAUCGCUCAAGAUCAAGAUCACGAUAGAUUUGCAAAACAACCCUCACCAGGAUCAGGCACAGGCAGCAACCGUUCACUUAAAAUCAAAUUCUGUCCAGCGUCCAGUUACGCUUCCUUCUCGCUGUGGCGUUACUAAGGUAACGGAAUUAUCAUCACACACACACACUUGGGGCGCCAGUGUUCGGCACAUCCGGUCUGCUGUGAAGAGAGGGAGCGAGAGCGCGAGAGCAAUUCCUGAUUUUGACAUUUGGCGUGGUAGACUAGUAACUCGGUUGAUGGUGGAUGCGUUACGUAGUGCGUUCCCGGCUUAGAGCGAUCGUUAGCUAGUAAGUAGUGGAAACUAGUAGUGCCUUAGAUCGUAACUCCUUUGUGUGUGCGUCCCCGGUGGUCACGAUGUAAAUACGCUCGCAGUGACACCUGUCAGCGGUAAAGAUCUUGAGCAGGGGAAACGUGGCAAACCGUCCCAAACUCGUUUAUCUUGCGUACCGCGUGUGCCUGUUACUGUGUGCUGUGGUGCGGUAGAGCGCUUUUCUUCAACUGUACCGGGUGGACAUUCCGAGCACAAACGAUCGGCGUAGUAGGAAGGGCAUCCGUGUUGCUUUACGCGAAUGGCGACGGUCAUAUCACUGUUGAGCAACCCGUGCAGCAACAGUCCCUUCGAUCAGCAUAGCCAUCAUCAUCCGUACCCGCAGCAGCUACUGUUUCCACCGUACGGACAGGGACCGGACACGUUUCAGCAGCGGCACGGUGGAACCGGCGGACGCAACCGGAACGAGGCGACCAACCACCAGCAGCUGGACGCGUUAGAUUUUCAACUGUUGAGCCGCACGCUCGAGGAAGAGAUCGAACAAAUGGAAUACUCCGGAAGUUCCGGUCCCUACCAGUACCAUCAGCACGAUCAGCAGCAGCAGCAGCAGCAACCACAGCAGCAAGCAGCAAGACGUGAGGGACAGCAAGAUUUCGAACAGAUCUCUCCCGGCUACAACCUGGACAACGAGGACACGUACAGCGAGUCACCGAACAACUUCCAGGACUACCAGAACAACUUUGUCGAUUCGCCGCCCGAUUCGAAGGAACCGUGGCCGAUCGACUACAACAAGAUGCACACCACGAUCGCUUCGAGCAGUGGUGCGAACGACACGACGAACGCAUCGACGACCGUAGCGGCGGUCGCGGUCGCUGCUGUCGCCGGAGCUGUUGUUGCUGCAGCAACAUCUCACCAGCAGCAGCAGCAGGACAAUGGCGGUAUGUACAUGAGCAACGCCAUACUGCCCAGCCGGAAGCGUCGCAUGGAAUGGAUGUCACCGCAGGAGGAGGACACCGAUGGGACCGAGACGAAGAUCGCCAACAUCGAUAAGGAGCGUGACGCACGUCGCAAGGGAAGCAUGCGGUGGGCCGAUGAUCUUGACUUGGACCUCAGUAACGAGCUGUCCAGUAAUGGAUAUAUUAGUGACUCGUUGUUGAACUUCCCCGUGUUCAAACAGGAACUACCGUCGCCUCCUCAGAAGCCUCCUCAGCAGCAGCAGCAGCAGCAGCAGCAGCAACAACACGUCCAGACUGCCCAACAACAGCAGCAGCAGCAGCAGCAUCAACUCCAUCAACAGCAGCAAACAUUGCAUCAGCAAGCAGCGGCAAGCACUCAGGAUCAUUCACAACAAUCGCAACACCAGCACACAUCUGCCAGCUUGCAACAAUCGCUAGCUGGUGGCGUUAAUCCCGCCAACAGUGGCAAUGCGGCCAACACUCAUCAACAACAACAGCAGCAACAGGUGGUCCAGUAUCACCAACAGCAGCAGCAGCAGCAGCAGCAGGGCCACAGCUCUAUGAAUGGUGCUGGGCAGAGUUUGAUGAGCGGUGCCGAUCAUCACGCCACCGGAAUCGGUGCCGGUUUAAGCAAUCUUCAAAGCUUUCUACAAAGCAAUCGGUUGGAAAACGAUCCUAGCGGAGGAGUUUUGCAGAUGCAACAGGAUGGCACGUUGCCAGCGGUACGUGGUGACAAAACACACGACGAUCACAACAGGUUCCAGUACGUGCUAGCGGCCGCGACCUCGAUAGCGACGAAGAACAACGAAGAAUCUCUCACCUACCUUAACCAGGGCCAGAGCUACGAGAUCAAGCUGAAGAAGCUUGGCGAUCUGUCCCCGUUCCGGGGUAAGAUUCUGAAGAGUAUUAUCAAGAUAUGCUUCCACGAGCGCCGCCUGCAGUACAUGGAGCGGGAACAGAUGCAGCUGUGGCAAGCGUCCCGUCCCGGCGAACGCAUACUGGACGUUGACAUCCCGCUAUCGUACGGUUUGAUGCAGGUGCAGCCCACCAGCAGCAACCUGCUCAACACGAUCGAGGUGUUCUGGGACCCGAUGAAGGAGGUCGGCGUGUACGUGAAGGUGAACUGCAUUUCCACGGAAUUUACGCCCAAAAAGCACGGCGGCGAGAAGGGCGUCCCGUUCCGCAUACAGGUAGAAACGUACAUCGACACGAACGGGCUGCACAAUGGGACCGGCGGCAGUGUAGCGGGCCUGGACGAUAAGGACGGCAUUAGACCGCUCCAUGCGGCGGCUUGCCAAAUAAAGGUGUUCAAAUUGAAAGGAGCCGAUCGAAAGCACAAACAGGAUCGGGAGAAAAUACUCAAGCGUCCGGUUGCGGAGCAGGAGAAAUAUCAGCGCAGCUGCGACUGCACGAUACUGACGGACAUAACGACCGAUUCAGUCAUUACGCCGCUCGGUGGCAACUUCAGUCCCGACCACAUUAAACGUAACGUGUCGCCGCUGUUGGCCGGACCAACCUCACCGGGGCAGUUGAACAAGUUCGAAAACAUGAUGUCGAGCGUGGUGCUGUGCAACGGCGGGAACGUUGUUAGCCCGGGGGCAAACCCGACCACAACGUCGACAAGCACGGCCGCAAUGGUCGUGGCGGCGGCAGCGGCAGCAGCAGCCGCCGCCGCCGCCACCGGUACACCGAGCAGCAACCCGAUCGGGAUCAGCAACGUGAGCUCGACGAACGGGCUUUGCAAAGCGUCGCCGCUCGGUGCCGACCAACCGAUCGGUGGUGUGCUUUCGCCCCAGCAACCGAGCGAGCUGGACGAUUACGUGCCCACGAUUACGAAGGAAACGAGCCCGGGAACGUUGGCCCAGUGGUUGGCGGUGCAUCGGCUGUCGGCGUACGCGAAAACGUUCGCCCAAUUUUCCGGUUCCGAUCUGCUAAGAAUGUCCAAGGAUGAUCUUUGCAAAAUCUGUGGCCUAGCAGAUGGUAUUCGAAUGUUCAACAUUCUCCACUCGAAAGCCAUAACGCCACGCCUAACGAUCUACGUUAGCUUCCAAACCAACAUCUACCACGCGAUCUACCUGCACGCAAACACCAUCCCGGAGUUGGUGCAAAAUCUGUCGAAAAUUCCCGGCUUCCUGGAAGCAAUCAAUGCCCUCAACACGCCCAACUCCUCCACCGCCACCUCCGAUACCUCUGGGCUCUGGGGUACGUUCGGUGGGCCACGUACCACGCUCAACGCCGGCCUAGCGUCGAACGGCACCGGCACGCACGGUAAACUUUCCAACGGCAAUGGAACGAAUGCCGCCGUGCCGUCACCUGCCUCACCCAUUUCCUCCUCGUCCGGUAUUGCCAAGCUGCAGCUGCUGCUUAAAGGCCCGAACGGUAUACAGGUGCUGCUGACGGAGGACGUGCUGAACAACAUCAAGGACGAAACGCUGUUUCAGCUGGAGCUGAAACCGAACGGUAACAUACUGAUGAAAGCCGUCCACAGUGUGACGGCGGGCGACUGUUCGAUCGAUGAUGAGGCGAACUGAGGGGACACCGUUACCCGGCCUGCCUGCCUGUCUGGUAGUAGUAGUGGCGGCCUUGUUUAAGGGAUUAUGUUUCAUUUUUUUUGCUAUAUAUUUGUUUUAAACCGAUUUGUUAAGUCGUUUACGGCAGCGCUCUAGUGAUAUAGUGUGUGUGUGUAUAUGUGGUGUUAGGUGAAUAGAGAGAGAGAGAGAGAGAGAAAGAAGAAUAGGUCUGGAGAAAAUGGGUAAUUGAUUUUAAUCCAAACAAAAUGAUGAUAUUGUACGGAGAAGAAUCGGAGCGCGCGGAUGGCGCCCGGGAAGAGAGGUUCUAGAGGACCACUCUAGGUUGGUACACACUCAAAUUCGCAUUUUGGGCACGGAGAUUGAUGUGGAAAUUGUCACCAGAGAAUCAGUUAGGCGUAGGAAAGUGAUCGAGAUCGUUUUUUUAAGCAUCGAUAUUCUGGUGGUAGAGGCGACAACGGAGCCGGUCUUCAUAUGGCAGGACCGAGGUUCAAAUCCCAACCGGGGACUGUUCCCUCGUAAGAAAAGGACUCCAACUACGUGGUUAUCAUUAAGUCUCUAGUAAGCCAGAAAUGGCAGACAUGACCUUUUAAUGGGUUGUAAGGCCAUGAAGAGAGAGAGAGAGAGAGAGAGAGAGAGAGAGAGCUUUUCUUUAUAUAUACAACAACAACAAAAUCCAUAAAACACUACAUUAGUACAAAGCAGCUUAGUUUUUAGUAGUGACGAUCGAUAGAGGAUUAUCGCGUUCGCUCUGGAGUGUUGAGAGGCGUGUCGACGAAAUUCAACGAUCUUUUUUUUUCUUAAUCUUUAUGACACUAUUUGCUUAACUGUCUGUUUUACUGUACAUUAUUAGCAUGUAAAGAAGAAACAAAACAAAAAAUCACACACACACACACAAGGGCCGUGCAAGAGUUAUAAGGAUCGUCUGUAGAAACAUAAAAUUGUGAAUAGAAAAGAGAGAUGGUAAAAGAUUUAUAUAUUUACACAUAGCCCCUUUUUUGGUGUGUGUGUGUGUGUGGUUGUUUCAGGUAACGAUCUUUCUAAAUGAUAUAAAACAACAGCAAGCUCUAGACUGUGCUCAUUUGCUUUUGCAAAUCGAAAUCGAAAAAUGGGUGUUCGUGAGUGUGUCCCUUAAACCAAGUGCCUUUCCAAACGCUAUUAACGUUGUGCAAUUUUUGGAUAAAAGAAAGGGGCAGCUAAAGAGCAAGAUUUUAUUUCCGUAAAUUCAACAAAAAGUGAAGAGAGAAAUGUGCUAUAAAUAAAUAAAAAAAAUAUUGUUGUUUUACUAUUGUUUA